AUGACAAAAUCCUUGUGGCUGUCCUUGCUCCUCCUCAUUCCAGUAGCCCUGGCAGUUGGUGUGGAUCAAUCCAAGAAUGAAGUGAAGAUAUUGAGGUUCUUUGAAUCCAUCAAUACCUCAAAUGCCAAUGUGAAGCAGUGCGUAUGGUUCGCCGUGAAAGAAUACAACAAGGAAAGCGAGGACAAAUAUGUCUUCCUGGUGGAUAAGACACUGCAUGCCAAGCUUCAGAUCACAGACCGCCUGGAAUACAACAUUGACGUUCAGAUCUCCCGCAGCAAUUGCAAAAAACCUUUAAACAGUACUGAAAACUGCGUCACUCAGAAAAACUCUGUACUGGACAAGAAAAUAAAUUGCAGCUUUUUGGUAGGAGCGCUUCCCUGGAAUGGAGAGUUCACCCUGCUGAACAAAGAAUGUAAAGAUAUCUAA